CCCAGGCUACUGCAGGUGCAAAAACCACGUGAUCCUGGAAAAAAAGUUACUCCCGCGUGGACCUCAUGCGCCGGCUCGGGCACCCAGACUCAAGCUCCCCACCGCUCAAUGGACAACCCCAGCUCAGACCCGCUGCCUUCAGCUUUGUCUGGGGAGGAAGAAAAACCUCUGGCCUUACUUCCUCCUGUUCCCCGGGGCCGCCGAGGCCGGCCACCAGGGGGAGCCGCCACCUCCCAUCGGACUCUCAAGUCCUCCCUCCCUCGAAAGCGGGGCCGCCCCCCCAAAUCGCUGCAGGAAGCCCCGUUGACAGCACCAGUGGACAGUGGAGGCGGCCACGAUCUUCUGCUGAUCGAUGAUCAGGGCGUCCCUUACACAGUCCCCGAAGGAUCAGCAGCAGAUGGGCCCCAGGGCUCUGGCCCCAAGAGGGCUCCACACUUCUGUCCCGUGUGCCUGAGAGCCUUCCCCUACCUCUCCGACCUGGAACGCCACAGCAUCUCCCACUCGGAGUUAAAGCCACACGUGUGCAAGGAUUGCGGCAAGACCUUCAAACGGUCCAGCCACUUGCGGCGGCACUGCAACAUCCAUGCUGGCCACCGGCCCUUCCGCUGUGUGCUCUGCCCUCGCCGCUUCCGCGAGGCGGGGGAGCUGGCCCAUCACCACCGCAUCCACUCCGGCGAGCGCCCCUACCAGUGCCCCUCCUGCAGGGUGCGCUUCACCGAGGCCAACACUCUCCGGCGCCAUUACAAACGCAAGCACCCAGAGCUCGUGGGCAUGCCCGUGCGCCUGUGCCCCGCAAACCCGAGACCCCAACCGCUGUGGGAUGCCGACGAGGGUGUCCCUGUUCCAGAAAGGGUGCAGGAGGAGAGUCCUGAAGGCAAGGAGCCUGCUUGGCCCCCAUCCUCCACCGCUUCUCCCCUGUCUGGGUUUACAGAGGGGAGUCCAGACGGGGCUGGGCAGGGGCAAGGAGGUCAAGACACCCUUGUUUCCGGUGGUACUCCCGUUACGGAAGGGGGUCAAAAGCAGGGACCUAAACCUCUGGGUCCUGAUACCACGAGCACCCUCCUUCGGACUGACAGGCCCUGGGAGGGUUCCUCGACUACCUUGCCUGACUGUGGUGUGUGUGGUUAG